AUGGAGCCGAGCCUGCCCCGCAUCAUCCAGCAGCAGGGCAGGGCUGAGGAGAGGAGGCUGCCCCGGGUCGCCCAGAGGCUGGGCAGCAGUCGGGAGCUGUGGCUGCCCCCUGUGCUCACCAAGAGGGGCAGCACCCAGGAGGGGAAGCUGCCCCCACUUCCCCUCACGUGUGGCAGCAGCCAGGAGGGGAAGCUGCCCCUGCUCACCAGGAGGGGCAAUCCUGGAGAGAGAAAGCUGCCCCCAGGUGCCAAGCUUCCAGCUUCCAGUGGUGUCCCCUGGCCAAAGGUGCUGGCUGGUGAGUGCUGCUGCCAGCAGCUGAAGCUCUCCCUGCUCUCCUUGCAGCUGCAGCUCCCCGCAGCUGCCCUGGAGCAGAGCUGCUUUGAGCCCUGCCCAGCAGAGGUGGUCUUUCGGCACUGCGUCCCCCACCGGGUGUAUGAAAUGCUGCUGGCUCUGCGCAACAAGGGCAGGGCUCCUCAGCGGCUGAAGGUCACCCUGGAGAGCUCCCCUUACUUCAAGCUGGUUGGCCCCAAGGAUGUGUGGCAGAAAGUAGCACCUGGCAUGGUCUCUACUUACAGCAUCCUUUUCAGCCCCGAGGAGAACAAGGGCUACUGCCACCAGCUGCGCUGCACCACCGAGAGGGAGGAGUUCACUGUGCCCAUCCGCGCCGUGGGUGCCCAGGCUGUGCUGGACCUCCCCCAGCAGCUGGACUUCUCCAGCUGCCCGGUCAAGCACAGCAGCCAGAGGACUCUGCUGCUGCGCAACGUGGGCGAGCGGGAGGCGCAGUACAGCAUCAGCACCCAGAGCCCCUUCUCCGCCGCCCCCUCCGCGGGAGCUCUGGGUGCCGGUGAGGCGGCGCAGGUGACCGUGGGCUUCCUGCCGCUGCAGCGCGGGGACCACUGCGGCUCCCUCAGCCUGCGCUGGGACACAGGAGAAGCUGUUCACAGCAGGCUCCGUGGCACAGCCGUGGAUGUGGACGUCAGGCUGGAGAGGAGCUCCCUGACCAUGGAGCAGACCUACCUGUCCCUGUGCACCCGCAGGACCCUGCUCAUCCACAAUGGCAGUGAUGUGCUGGCUCACUUCCAGUGGAAGGCUUCUGCCCAGCAGGAGGAUGGGCAGCAGAAGCAGAGGUUGCGCUUCUGCGAGAGCCUCUGGCAAGGGCAGGAGCAGCUCAGGCCACAUCCCCCCGAGGAGCAGAGGCCGCAGUCUGCGCUGCGAGGACGCAGCUCCUGGCUCUCCCGCAUCUUCCAGCAGCAGAGGGAGAAGGCACAAGAAGACUCCCUGCUGUGCCCUGAGGGGAUCUUCAGCAUCGAGCCGCUGGAGGGAGAUGUGUGGCCAAAGUCAUCAGCUGAAGUCCAGGUGAUCUUCAGCCCCCGGGCAGCCAGAGCCUAUGAGGCCAGGCUCUACUGUGACAUCUCAGGCCGUGAGGCCAGGCUGCCUCUGCACAUCCGAGGGGAAGGCUUAGGGCCCUGGCUCUGCUUCCAGCUUGACCAGCUGGACAUUGGGCAGGUGUUUGCUGGAUCAACCAACCGCUAUAAGAUGGUCCUGCACAACAAAGGAGCCAUCGAUGCUUUCUUCAGCCUGGUCCCUCCAGCUACAGCUGUAGGCUCCUGCUUCACCUUUUCCCCCUGUCAAGGCCUCGUCCAGCCAGAGAAGUUCCAGGAACUCGAGAUCUGCUUCUGUGCCACCACCCUGGGGCCCUUCACAGAAGAAUUCGUCUUCCAAGUGGAAGGAUGCCCUGAGCCUGUGACUUCAACUAUCAGGGGCUGUGUCACUGCACCCACUCUGCACUUCGAUGUCCCUUGCCUGCAGUUUGGGGACGUCUCCUUCGGCUUUCCUCAGAGCCUGUGCUGUCGCCUCACCAACGCCUCCUUGGUGCCCGUGGCCUUCACCCUGCGUGUGCCCGGGGACGGCAGGGCAGAGCCCAGCGUGCCCAGCGCUGUGCAGGUGCUGGACAGCUCUGGCCCCUCCUGGAGGAAGAGAGUCAGGAGGCGCUUGGGGCCCCGCGAGUUCACCAUCAGCCCUUGCAGCGGCACCAUCCGCUCCCGGAGCUUUGUGGACAUCCAGGUCACUCUGUGCUCCAACAGCCUGGGCACCUACGAGCUGGCACUGGUGGUGGAUGUGGAUGGUGUGGGCCAGGAGCUGCUGUCACUGCCCCUCACAGCCAGGUGUGUGGUUCCUGCUCUGCAUGUGCCCAACCCGGUGGUGACAUUUGGACACUGCUACCUGCAGUUGCCUGCCCAACAGACGCUGACCCUGGUGAACGACAGCGACCUGCCAGGCUGCUACGGGCUGCUGCCUCAGAAGCACCAGAAGGCUGCUGCUGUGCUGUACUCCAGUCCUGUGCCCUGUGGCAUUAUUCAGCCUCACAGCUCCGUGGAGGUGCCACUGACACUGGAGGCACUGGUGCCAGGGAGGCAGGAGACUCGUGCCCGUGUGGCUGUCUUUGGGCGUCCAAGGCACUGGCUGGAAGUCUGUUUGGUGAGCAUUGGAGAGGGCCCAGUGGUCUCCGUGCAGCCCAGCGAGGUGGAUUUUGGCAGCAUCCAGGUUCUGCAGGAUGCCUCCCGGACUCUGCGGCUCUGUAAUCAGAGCCCGAUCCCUGCAUCCUUCCAGGCGGAGGUGGCUGGCAAAGGCUCCUGCUGGAGGAUCGAGCCCCGGCAGGGAGUGAUCCCCCCCGAGGGGGAGGCGUCCGUGUGCAUCACAGCGAACCUGGCUGACACGCAGCAGUUCCAGGCAGAGGUGCAGCUGCAGGUGGAGCACAGCCGAGGCUAUGGCAUCCCCGUGCGGGCCCUGGGCAUCGGCACCACCAUCGUCACUGACAGACCCUUGGCUCCGCAGCUCAGCCUGGGCACUCGCUUCAGCCUGGUUCCCUGCUGCUACAGCUUCAAGGUCAGCAACCAUGGGCGCCGCACCCAGCGGCUCUACUGGAGCACGGCAGGGGGCUGCCAGCCUGGCCAGCGCCAGCACCUCCCUGCCCCCAGCAGCUCCCGGGGCAAAGCUUGCCAGCAGAGCCCCACAGCUGCCUGCCCUGUGUUUCGGCCUCGGCCCAUGAGGAUGGAGCUGGCCCCGGGCCAGACAAUGGAGCUGACUCUGGAAGGCUUCUCCAGCACUGCCCAGGUGGUGAGGGAGCAGCUGCUGUGCCACUCUGUAGUGGGCAGUGAGGGCAGGAAGAACAAGAUCAUGCAAGUGGCCCUCAGCUGCCAGUUUGUUGCUCCUGCUCUGCAGAUGUCCUCCAGAGCCCUCACUUUCAGGGUGGAGAAGCAAGCAGGGGAUGUGCUGACUCCUCAGGAGCAGGCUCUCUCUCUGAAGAACGUCUGCCCCCUGCCCCUCAGCAUGGUGCUGUCCUUGGGGCAGCCCUUCUCCAUCUGCGACGUGGAGCGGCAGCCCCUUCCUGCUGGGGCUCAGCCCCUGAAGCUGGAGGCAGGGGAGGAGCUUCAGCUCUCCAUCAGCUUUAACCCUGCUUUGGAAGAGGGUUUGAGUGCCUGGCAGAUGGAGCAGCCUCUGACAAUCAAGUUCCUUGAGCACCCUCAUGAGGAGCAGGUGCUGGUGCGGGGAGAAGUCCCCAGCCUGCAGUUCCAGAGCAGGGCUGUGGACUUUGGCUGCAUCCUGAACCACACUGCAGCUGUGCACAGCCUGGAGAUGACCAACUGCAGCCCUCUGCCUGUGUCCUACUGCUGGCUGCUGCUGCCAGCCAGCCAGGGCAGCCAGCUGAGGUAUGGCCACCUCUGCCCUCUCCUUGAAGCUCUUGCCCUCUCUUUGAAGCUCUUCUUCCUGCUGUCCUGCUCCUGCUUUGCAAAGAGCAAGGUUGUUUCCCCGGGCUCUGACCAAUGUCUUUCACUUUGCCCUGGUGGGAGCAACCCCUCCAGCUGUGCUCAGGCUGGCUGCUCAGGGCAUAGGUGUCCUGCAGCACUUUACUGCAGCCUUCCAGCCCAGGCAGCGCAGCAGGAGGCAGCCUGCUGGCAGCGCUCGGUGUCUCCGGGGAGCAGCUGCAGGGCUGCAGGUGUGGAGGAGCCAGCCCAAGCCCUGGGGGCAGUGGGGGAUCCUGCCCAGGAGCCAGCAGAUGCCGAUGAGUCCCUGGAAGCAGAGCUGCUGCUGCUGCCCAGUCCCGUGGGAGAUGCUGUGGAAGGUGCUGUGGCAGCUCCCAGCCACACUGGCAUCAGGGAGUUCGUGGGUCUGAAGGAGACAGAGCCCCAGCGGUUGGGGUUGGAGGAGGUGUUCGAUGUCUUGCCGCUGCACGGGGUCCUGCAGCCGGGCCAGAGCCAGCAGGUCACCUUCAGCUUCUUUGGCCACCCCAACAUCGUGGCCUCUGCCAGGGCCCUCUGCAAGGUGCAGGGAGGCCCCAGCUACGAGGUGAAGCUGAGUGGGGAGGCCUCACUCAUCAGCUACCUCCUGGAGAGCAGAGACCUGGACGUGGGGAUGCAGCCGUGGGAGGCGGUCACGGAGGCGGAGGUGACGCUGCACAACAGCGGGAAGCUGCCCUUCACCUUCAUGGUGCCGAGUCCCUGUACAGCCACUGCCCGCAGCCCCCUGCCCGGCCUGCCCCUGGUGGUGCCCAGCACGGGUUCUGUUGGAGCUGGCCAGCAGCAGGUGCUGAAAAUCUAUUACUUGCCAGAGGUGCCUGGGGUCUUCUGUGAGACUUUGCAGAUCCAAGUGGGCCACCUGGAAACAGAAGAAAUCUCCCUGAGAGGAGAGGGAGGCUUUCCCAGGAUCUGCCUGGACCUGCCCAGGAACAUCUCAGGAAACAAGAAGUAUGAGAAGCUCCUCAGGGAUCUGAGGAGAAAGCUGGCAGAGGAGAUGGCAGAGGAGAGUGAGAGGGAUGGAGCUGCUGUCCUGGUGGAGGCAUCAGCCACAGCAACACCCCCAGACUUGGACACCACGCUGGACACUGGGCUGCAGCUGCAGCUGGAGGACUUCCUGCUCAAGCAGCACAUCCUGGGGCAGCAGGAGGCUCUGGCCUGCAGCACCCCAGAGGAAGCUGCCUCUGAGCAGCAGCGCUCUGCUCGCCGCAGGCUUCUCAAAGCUGAGCUGCCUGAGUACAUCCUGGACUUUGGCUGUGUCACUCUUGGUGGCACCCACAAGCGCACUGUGAAGGUCACCAACCCGGGGCAGUUACCUGUGUCCUUCAAAGUCCACGGGCAGGUCCUGCGUGGCACAGGCUUCAGUGUGGACCUGGAGUGCGUGAAGCAGCUGCCCUGCUCUGAGAGCAGGACCUUCACUGUGUGCUUGGACCCCCAAAGUGCCACUCUGCCCCUGGGAGAGACGGAAGUGCUGCUGCCCAUCAAGGUGGCAGCAGGCCCCACGUUCCGCGUCCUCCUCCGUGCCAAGGGGGUUGUGCCAUCCCUGUGCCUCUCCAGGGACAGGCUGGAGUUCUCCAGGGUGCAGUGUGGGCAGUGCCGGGAGGAGACCACUCGGCUCUACAAUCCCCUGCAAGUGCCCUGUCGGUGGUUUGUCAGCAGGGCUGGGGCUGCUCAGCAGGGGAACAGGCACUUCCCAGCCAGCAGGCGUCAGGAGCUGAAGGCCGAGGCCCCUGUCUUUGAGGUGCUUCCCUCAGCUGGAGUCCUGGCCCCCGGGCAGUGGUGCAACCUGCAAGUCAGGUUUGCCCCCGUGGAAGAGAAGCCCUACAGCAGCAAGCUGAAGAUCAGCGUUUGCCAGAGCAGCCAGCACCUGCAGCUGCUGCUCUCAGGAAGUGGGCUGGAGCCACGCCUGGAGUUCCAGCCUCAAGUGCUGGACCUGGGGCCAGUGCUGCCCUCUGGCCCUGGGACAGAGGGGACAGUGGUGGUGAGGAACCCCUGUGAGUUCCCCAUUGAAUUCUACUCGCUGGAGUUUGACCAGGAGUACCUUGCUGAGGAGCAGCUCCUGCGGGCGCUGGAAGGCUACGACUGCUGCAGGACCUUGCUGCUGCCUCCACGGAGCCCAGGGGAGCAGCUGCCCCCAGAGCUGCUGGAGGUCUGGCAGGCCCAGGAGAGGCUGCAGGAGCAGCAGGCCCAGUCCAAGACAGAGGAGCCAACGGCCCAGGACGAGGCUGAAGAGCUUCAGCAGAGCACCAGGAGCAGCAAGAAGACCAGAGAAGAGCUGGAGGUCAGCCCAUUCCAUAGGGCACUCGCCCACCACCUGGGCAUUGCUGUGCCUGGUGCAGGAGCUGCAGCCCCACAGUGCAAAGGGAUCGUGGUCAUCAUCCAUGGGGCACCCCUGACAGGUGGUCUGAGGAGGCUGCCGCAGACGAGAGGAGUCUGCCGUGGCACUCGGGAAGCCAUCGGAGGGUCGGCAGCCUGGGCAAAGCAGGCUCCAGGCUUGCGGGCUGCAGCAUUGCGACCCAGUGCUGGGUAUGCCAAGGAGCCCCUCGGGCUGGCGCGGCAGCCGGAGCGGCGAGCCGGCAGCUCCCGGUGCCGCAGCUCCUUGCUGGGUCGUUACCAAGGCCUUACCUGGAUCGGGCUCCAUCAGGCAGGGUCGAGGCUGCCGGCCCUGGGCAGCCCCCAGCACACCAUGUCCCCGCUGCUGCACGGCAGCACAGUGCCUGGGGUCCGCAUGGCCUUGUGGAGCAGUCCCGAGCCCGACUGCCCCCGAGCUGUGCCCGGAGGCAAGACGUCGGCAGCGCCUGCCGUGGCCCAGCACUAUGGCGCUGCCUGCCUGUCCCUGGAGGCCGUGGUGAGCGAGGCCCUGGCGGCCGGGAGCAGCCAGGCAGGGCGUCGUGCCCGGGCGCUGUGUGCCAUGGCUGCCAGGCGGCAGCAGGCAAAGGAUGGACGUCUAGGGGCAGCUGCUGCUCUCCGGUGGCGGCGCAGCACCAGGGCCAUCCUCAGCUCCCCCCUGCGCCAGUCCAGCUCUGGGGGCAAAGGCAGGCUGAGCCGCGGCGGCAGCGUGGCAGCAGGGCUGGGCCUGGGGAGCUGCGUGCUGCCCGAGGAGCUGCUGGUGGCCAUCCUGUCCGAAAGGCUGCAGCUGAGUGACUGUUCCCAGGGAGUGGUGUUUGAUGGCCUGCAGACCUCCUUUGCAGGCAGCACAGCCUCUGCUCUGCUCUGCUUGCUGCGAGCUGUGGGGAACCGACCCCACAUCUACCUCGUGAACCUGCACCAGGACUUUGCCUCUUGGCAAGCCAGGCAGAGAGCUGCAGAGAAGCGGGCAGGCCGGGAGCAGGAAGAAGCGGCCAGGAGGGAGGUAGCGCAGCUCUGGGAGCUUGGUGAGGAGGAGUUCGAUGCUCUCCCGCAGGAGCAGAAAGCUCAGCUGGAGAGCAGGAUCCGACAGCUGCAGCGGCAGAGGAAGCAGAGGGUGCUGGGGCAGCUGGCUGGAGAGCCUGGGCACAGGCAGCAGCAGGGGCUGCAGCACCAGAAGGAGGCAGAUGUGAGGAAGCAGGACAAGAGAAAGCCUGGAAGAGACCAAGGAAGGAGAAGGCAGUCUCUGGUCGGGCAGGGCACAAACACAUCCAGCAGCAGCACCAAUGUCUCCAGCAGCAAGCAGAAGGCAGCCAAGAAGGGAACUGUCAAGGAGCACCCAGGCUCUGAUGCUUGCAAGGAAGAGCAGAGGAAGCAGAGCAAGGCUGCCCUAGCAGAGAGCUGCUCAGGGCCAGAUGCCAAAGAGCCAGGCCAGAGUGGCAGCCAGAAGGACUUGGCCUUGAGGUUCCGGGCGUACGAGGCGUCGCGGGCAGCUGUGGCUCAUGUUUUGUCCUGCUGGGACAGGGUGCAGGGUGUCCUGUCCCCUUCCAGCCAGGCAGAGCUGCAGCUGCCCUCCAAAUGGAGGCUGCAGAGGGCCAAGAAGAAGGAGCAUCGGGAGAGAGAGCUCCUGAGCAGAGCGAACUCUGCUGAGUGCCCCGAGGUGUCGCAGCUGGCAGGGGCAGAGGCAGCAGGGGCAGGCAGCAGCAGAGAAGUUGGGGUGCCCUGCUUGGACGUGGAGGUGCAGAGCUCUGCAGAGGUGGCGAGCACCAUCCUGGGCAGCGGCAAGCUGCCAAGGGCAGAGCAGGUGCUGGAUGAGCUGGGCCUGGGUCCCUCAGGGCCUCCCAUUCCCCCCCCUGCUCUCUACUCUGUGGUUCGCUACCCAGCCAAGCGAGAGGUGGCUGCAGCAGGAGGCCUCCAGCGCUUUGUCCUGCUUGUGCCAGAGGAGGAGGCUCCUGAUGGUGUCAGGGAUGCCUCCGCAGCGAAGGUGCCAGGGCAGGGCUCUGGCCGCGGCAGGAGACGUCUCCAUAGGCCAGGCUCCAGGAGACCAUCCAGACGUUCCCCUGAGCGGGACCAAAGCCACGUGGGCACGGUGCCACCUCCAGAGAGGUCUGCCAGGAGGAGCCCCUACCGCUGGGUAGUGCCUGCUCAGGGCCAGGUGGAGCUGCAGAUCCGCUUCAGCUCCAGUGUGCGGGGCCAGUUCGAGCAGAGGCUGCAUUUCGAGCUGCUGGGGACGCAGCGCUGCUACCAGCUGCACUGCAGGGGCACCUGCCUGUGCCCCAGCAUCAGCCAGGAGCCACGGGUGGUGUUUCCUCGCUGCAGGAAGAACAAGGCAGCUGAGGACAUCAUCUUCAAAGAGUAUGUCCUGAGCACGGGGGUGUUCCACUUCGGGCCGCUGCUGUGUGGCAAGGCAAGAGACUGGUCCAAGGCUCUGCUUCAGCCUGGCAACUGUGAGAAGUUCACCAUCUGCAAUGUCAGCCCCUGGGAGGCAGAGGUGCACUUCUCCUUUGAGCAGGAUGGCUGUGGAAACACCUUUGUCUUGGAACCUGCCUGCAUGAAGCUGGGGCCUUAUGAGAAGCAGGAGCUGAGGGUCUGUGCAUACCCCACUGCAGUUGGCCUGGUGCAAGACAGACUUAUCUGCUGCAUCAAGGACAAUCCAGAGCCAGUGGUCUUCCAGCUGUGCUGCCAGGGGGUGCAGCUGAAGCUGGGGGUCAGCCCCAAGCAGCUGAGUUUUGGCAGGGUGCUUCUGAAAAGGGAGCACAGCAGGAGCCUGGUGCUGCGCAACAGCUGCCCCCUGCCCGUGGCCUGGCGGCUCAGCGGCCUGGAGAGCCUGGGCGAGGGCUUCUCCGUGUGCCAGUGCCAGGGCACGGUCGGGCCCCAGGCGGAGCUUGGUCUGCAGCUGUGCUUCAGGCCCACCAAGCCUCUCAGCGUGGAGAAGAUGCUCCGCCUAGAGGUUUCAGAUGCAGAAGAUGUCCAGGGCGUGCUCCAGAUUGAGAAUAUCCAAGUCUCUGCUAAGGCUUAUGAAGUUGCUCUGGACAUCACCCUUCCUGGAGGUGGAGGUGGCUGCGUGGACUUUGGAGUCGUGAAGGUCCUGGGGAGGGCCAAGCAAGUGCUGUCCCUGCAGAACCGAGGGCGCUACAAGAUUGCUUACAGGUUCAGGCUCCACCCUGCAGACCCCAGCACCCGCGACGUGGCCUCCCACUUCACUGUGCAGCCCCAGCGGGGGCUGCUGCCUGCCUCUCAGCAGGCUGUCAGCGUGCAGCUGCUCUUCCAGCCCCAGAGGGAGAUCACAAUUGAAGGCAAACCCAUCCUGCUGUGCCAGGUGCUGGAGCCUGGCUGGCGUGCGGGAGCUGAGCCUGUGGCCACCAUCCCAGUGAGGCUGUCAGCCAAGGCUGUGUUCAGCCAGUACAGCAUCAGCCCUGCUGCGCUGCUCGACUGCGGGGCCAUGGUCAGCGGCACCAGCAGAGCCUGCAGCUUCCUGCUGGAGAACAGAGGCCUCCUGCCCUUGGAGUUCCUCAUCUGCAAAGCAGAGCAGGCUGCAGCUGAGGCGCCCAAGAAAAGGAGGCUCUCCCAGUCCCACAGGAAGCAGAGCCUCAACGGGAGGUCUGCUGUAGCCAAGCAGGACAGGCCAUUGGUGCCAGAGGAGACCAAGCCCUCUGCCAAGGCUCGCCUCACUGUGGGCAUGUUCACGGUGUCCCCUGCCUUUGGCUGCAUCCUUCCUGGGCACCAGCAGGCGGUGACGGUGGAGUGCGCUGCGGGAGUGCCAGGGCCGUGCCAGGAGCAGCUGCUGAUAGACAUCAGCGGCAGAGACCCCAGGGACAACCCUCUGGGCAUCCCCUACAGCCUGGUGGCCGAGUCCUGCCUGCCAGCCUUUGUGACCAAUGAUGUGGAGUCCAUCUUUGAGGAGUACCAGAUCUGCAGCAGCAGCAACCUCCACCAGGUGCUGCAGACAGUGGAGGCUGAGGGGGUGUUUGUCAGGGAUGACAACAAGUUCCUCUUCACCCACGUCCUGGUUGGGCACCAGGCCACGGCACGGUUCAAGAUCUCCAACGUGAGCAAAGUGCCCUGUGAGGUGCUCCUCUCCAUCAGACCCAUCACCAGGAAGCUGAAGAGCCACCCUGGGCACAUCUUUGCGGUGGAUCCUGUCCGGAUGUCUCUGCCCAGCUGCUCCCAUGCCUUUGCCACUGUGACCUUCACUCCACAGAAGGCACAGAGCUACUGCUGCACUUUUGAGGCCUCCCUUGAAGUGCACACAAGGCCUGCCGCAGUGGGAGCCGCCAGCCUGAGCUUUGGCAUCAGCGGCGCAGGGAAGCUGCCUGCGGUGCGGGUGCUGCGCCCGGCGCUGCGCGGCCGCGGAGGGAGCCUCCUGCUGCGCUUCGGGAGGCUGCCGCUGGGCGCCCGCCAGGAGCUGCCGCUGGUCCUGCGCAACUCUGCCGCUGUCCCUGCCCAGGUGCUGCUGGACCUGCUGGAUGAGGAGGGAGUUUUCUCUCUGAGAGCUGGGCCCACCACAAAGUGCCUCUACCAAGGCGUGGGCAUGAAGGACUCUGCUGGAGAAGAGAGGCAGCUCCACACCGCUCGCCUGCUCCUGCGGCGUGGGGAGGCAGCAGAGUUCCAGGUGGUUUUCCAGCCGCGCCUGGCCCAGCGCCUGGAGGGGAAGAUCCUCGUGUCGGUGCUGGACAACCCCCGUGAGGAGACCACCAUCAGGCUGGUGGGGGAAGGCCACGAUGAGGACUUCACCCUGGACAACGUCCAGGGGCUGGUGGCAGGCAGGGAGGAGCAGGACCUCCCUGAGAGCAGCCUGGAGGAGGACAUGGUUGAGGCUGCCCAGGGGGACCACAUCCAGUUUGGGGACUGUCCCCUCGGCACUCCCUGCACCGUGACCUUCACUGUCACCAACCGCAGCAAGGGGCAGGCCCUGCGCUUCCAGUGGCUGCCUGAGGCUCCCUUUCACUUCUCCCCCCAGGUAGGACACCUCCGUGCCGGCUGUGCCAAGGACAUUGGGGUGACCUUGCAGUCACAAGUCGAGGUCACCUUCAGAAGACACCCUGUGAAGUGCCUGGUGUCCAGGAUCUCCUUCCAGCUGCCCCCAGAGGAGGUCCCUGACUGGGAUGACUGCCUUGGCAGAGUGAAGUGGGUGGACAGCACCAAGCCCCCAGGUGCCAGGUGGCCUGUCAAGAAGCAGGUGCUGGAGCCAGAGGCAGAGCCUGCUCACAGCGUCCUGGAGGGCAGCAGCCGCGAGGUGCAGCUUCUGCUCAGCGCUGCUGUCCGCUGCCCUGAGCUCCAGCUGGCCACAGAGGGACCUGAGAGCUCUUCCUCCCAGGAGGUCUCUUCGGGGCAAGCUCAAGGCAGUGCCCGCAUGGUGGCAGGGAGUGCACAGCCGGGCCAGGUUCCAGGGUGCAGCCUUCCUCCUGGCCAGCUCUCUUCUCAGGGCCGAGGCACAGGGACUGCAUCUGGCAGCUCCGUGCUGCCUGCUCAGCCUGCACAGUCAUCCUGCACAAAUGCCAGGGGUGGCUCCGCUGAGGGCAACACUUCCUCUGAGCAGGCCUCGGGGUCCAUUUCCCCAGCUGCUGCUGUCCUUCUUGCUACGUCUCGCAAUGCUGGAGCUGAUGUGUCCCAGGUGCCAGGCUCCAGCUCAUCCUCUAUAGCUCUGCCACAGGUAGCAGGCAGCCAGCAAGCAGCUGCAGAGUGACCAGAGCCUGCACCCCCUCGGCAGCGGCAGCAGAGCUACGCACAGAAGCUUCUGCCAUAGGAGCCAGGACUGCCUCUUCUUCAUCUUUGAUUAAAAGCAAUUAGCUGGUUUUCUUCCUUUAA